AUGUCUGUGAGAACCCUGCCCCUGGUUUUCAUUAAUCUGGGUGCAGAGAUGCUUUACAUACUGGACCAGCGACUGCGAGCUCACAACACGUCCGAGGACAAUUCAGAGAAAGGCGUGUGGUCAGAAAAUGACAGAAAACGAGUUAUGAAUGACAUCGUUGGGACCAUGUUUGGUAAAGCCUUCAUGGAUGAGCUUCUCAAACCUCAGCAGCUGUAUUCUCACAGGACAAUGAAAACGGUGCUAACUCGGUUAGCGCACACCUCCAUCAUGAGGCUGAACCCGGCCAGCAUGGACAGGCUUUAUGAACUGAUGGUCAUGGCUUUUAAAUAUCAAGUCUUCCUUUGCCCUCGACCUAAAGACUUGCUGCUCAUCUCGUACAAUCACAUAGACACCAUCAGGGAAUUCGUCAGAGACACUCCAGUGGUCCUGAACCAAGUGGACGAGACGCACCGGAAAAUCAUUGAGGUUUACUCGUCACUAUCAGCCGGGGAAUUCCAGCUUCUCAGACAAACGCUGCUCAUAUUUUUCCAAGACAUGCACAUUCGGGUGUCACUUUUCCUAAAAAAUCAAAUCCAGAACCCCAAUGGACGCUUUGCAAUGGCGACCUCAGGCCCAGUGCCUCAUGGGACGGAUGUUCCCGGACUUAUUAGGGCGCUGGACUGUAAAGGCAGAGAGCUGAGACGGACUGAGUUUCCUACCGGAGGAAGUUACAGCAGCGCCAUCAGGGAGGGAUCCUUUGAGCUGCACGGAAACCGAGUCAUCAGGCUGGGCAUGAACAUGUACACUGUGGACCAUCCAGAGGAGACACACACAUCCAAAGCUGCCUCUGUGAAGCCAGACAGCUCUCCAAACCUUCUGGCCAAGGAGGAGCUGAACCUGCUGGCUCGUCUGAUGGGCAGCAUGAAGGCCGAGAACGCCACCGAAGCUGAAACCGGGUUCAGGAUCAACCUGUUCAACACUGACCAGGAGGAGGCAGGAGCUGCAGGAGGCGCUGAGGAGUCUCUGUUUGGGGUCAUAAACAUUCAAGCAAUGCAGGAUGAGCAGGCGGCAACUGAACUGGCUCGAAUCGCUGGACAGUUUGCAGAAGAAGACGAAGAAGAGAAACCUGAAAACCACAGCAGCAGCAAAGGAGACGACCUGCUGGCCAUGAUGGACGGCCUCUGA